CGGCCCGAGCUCCUCCGUUGACCACCAUGCUGGUGCCGGUGCUCCUGUUGGCGUGCGCGCUGAGCCAGGUCAGCUCGGAGCCUCUCACCACGACACCCCCGGCCGCCGUCACUGCAGUGCUCGAGUCGGGGUCGGAGUCGCGAGUGCUUCAUCCGGGGGCGUCCGGCACUGAGGUACCAGCCGAAGACCCGUCUAUCACCGACGGACGUUCUGAAGAGCUGACUUCUACCGAGAGACCCUCCAAAGAAGCUGUUACCACCGAGGCACCCUCAAAAGAAGCGGUUACCACUGAGGGCCCUUCUGAAGGGCCGAUCACGAUGGUUACCUCCGAAGGACCCUCCGAAGAACCAACUUCCACCAAGGGACCCUCCGAAGAGCCGGACUCGCCUGAGGAGCAGGAUGUGUCGCUGGAUCAGGUGAUAGCGGCACUAGAUGGGUUUUACCGAUCAGCGGGCCGCGCCGCCACGGCCGGGCCGCUGGCCGAGCUGGCCAAAUCGCUGGCGGAACUCCAGUCAGGGCUAUCGGCCGUCUCUAGCCGUCUGGAGCUCAUUCACGACUCGCAGCUCGAGCAGCGGAGACAACAUACCGACCUGGAGACGAGGCUGGGUGCCAUUGAACAGUCUCAAGUUGAAACUGCCGAAAGGCUGGAGCAGUCACAAGCUGAAACAGUCAAAAGGCUGGAACAGUCACAAGCUGAGACUGUCAAAAGGUUGGAGCAGUCACAAGCUGAAACUGUCGAAAGGCUGGAACAGUCACAAGCUGAAACUGUCAGCCUCUUGGACAGCAUAGCUCAAGGACAAGCUGAAACUGCCAGCCGGCUUGACCGCUUAGUUCAGUCACAAAGUGACCCUCCAGCCAGCCUUGAGGGCCUGACGCAGCUUCACUCCGAGGUCUCUAAUCAGUUCGACGCAGUUCAGGACACACUAGGUCAAAUCCACGGCCUGCAGCACUGGCGGAACGCGACGAGCAGCAGGCUCGCCAGCCUGAGCGAGUCACAGAGCGGCCUGUCGUCCGCCCUCGAUGCCCAGUUCGAUGCUGCUGAGGUGUCCCGCACAGCUCUCUCCGACCGGAUGGAGGCAGCGCUGCUCCGGUCAGCAGCUGCUAACAACAGCUCAGCAGCUGUCCAGGACCAGCUGGCAGCCAUUCUGGCUGCCGUCGACCACAUACCUAGGAUAGUGCUGGGCCAGCAGUGCAGCCAGAGGACAGACUGCUCCAGGCAGAUGCCCGAAGCGACGUGCGCCGGAGGCGUGUGUGUGUGCAGAGACGGCUACCGGCGGGUGUCCGAUUUCCGCUGUCGUCAGCACUCCCGCCUAGCGGAACCUUGUUUGGAGCACGCCGACUGCCAGUCUUUGGCAUCCAACGCCUCUUGCACAAGCGACAGGUGCGCCUGUGACAGCGGCUUCUGGAAUCACAACAACACGGAGUGCCGGCUAGUUUCAGCAGUGAACAUGGAUGGCUCCUGCCUGGGUGACCAGGAUUGCGACUCGAAUUUACAUCUCGAGUGCACGUCAGGGACUUGUUCUUGCAUCACCAGAACAAUAGAUUCUUAUGAAUACCGGCUAGAUGGAGGAUCUUCCUGUGCCGAAGGCAAUGUCCAACUGAGACAAGUUGGUGGCUCCUGGGGUCUCGUAUGUGACGACAGCUGGGGAAGCAGCGACGCUCUGGUCAUUUGCAAAUCGUUGGGCUUCAGAUCAGGAAUCGCAAAAAUUAAAUCCACGUUUGGUCGAGGAGCGAACUUCUUCAUGGAUAACGUUGAGUGUCGUGGUUCGGAAUCAGCUCUGAUAAAUUGCAACUACCUCGGCUGGAAAAGACACAACUGUGGAGCUGGAGAGGUUGCCGGUGUCCGCUGUACCACCUGAACGCUGUCUGUAUCUGUACAUCGCACACUACGGCUGUCUGUUCUCUGUACCACCUGAGCGCUGUAUGUUCUCUGUACCACCUGAACGCUGUAUGUUCUCUGUACCACCCUAGUGCUGUCUGCUCUCUGUACCACCCGAGUGCUGUCUGUUCUCUGUACCAUCUAAGCGCUGUCUGUUCUCCGUACCACCUGAGCGCUGUCUGUUCUUAGACACCUUAAUGCUGUCUGUUCUCAGACACCUUAUCGCUGUCUGUUCUUAGACACCUUAUCGCUGUCUGUUAUCAAAUGUCAGACACCUUAUCGCUGUCUGUUGUCAGACGCCUUAUCGCUGUCUGUUCUCAGACACCUUAAUGCUGUCUGUUCUCAGACACCUUAUCGCUGUCUGUUCUCAGACACCUUAUCGCUGUCUGUUCUCAGACACCUUAUCGCUGUCUGUUGUCCGUAAUCUGUAUACCACGUCCACCUGAGCGCAGCCUUCGACGACCUAUAAAUUGUCUGCUAUAAACGGCCGGAAUACCAUUUUGUCAUUUGUCAAUUAUGUAUUGUGUGAUUGGCUUAUUGGUGUAGAUCUUGCUUCGUGAAUCUGAAAUAAAGAUCAUGUGUCGGUACAAACGGCCGCA